AUGAAUCGCGGGACAGAUAUUGUACUUCGGCCGCUAGAACAGUACGUGAGUGUUUAUCAUAGUGGUCAGUCCGACGUUCCUGGUUCCGGAUCCGUUGAUUUGGUGCAUGGUAAGAAAUCGCAGAUCUGUUUCUCAGAUCAGGAAACGCUCGAUUUCGUCGGUGAACGCGAUCGGCAUCUGUCUGAUGUCCGUUGUGUGUCUGGGCAGUUGAAAUCUACAUCUUCCUUCAAGGUUCACGUAGCUACUGAAGACCGGACUUUCCUACCUUCCGAUCGUACUAGAUCUAAUGUUGACGUUCCUGGUUUUGAUGUGUCGAUUACUGCGAAAUCUAUGAAAGAGCGUUCUCUACCUGUGGGUGUCGCUCAUCCUUGUCCCAGGGUGAGUGAAGUUACUGGUAUGAAGUUUUCUGCUGGAGAUACUGGUGUGAAGGGCCCAGAUAUAUUUGCAAAGGAGUCAUCUGGCUUCAAUUAUCAUCGCAAAACUCGUGAAGUAGAUUAUUGGAUUGGACGGCAUUCCGAGCGGCAUUCGAGGGGCUCUAGUGAUCUCACCGCAGAUGUUGGUGUCGACGUGCUUUCGGAUUUUGAUUGGGAUGUUUCUGAUACAAGUAGCAGAUUGCAUUCGGAUUCUGCUCGUUUCAUAUCUAGCCAUCAGGAGAUGUAUGAUAAAACUACGACUCGUAGAACUUCUCCUGCUCCUGAUUUGCACUGGACCACUGUGAGUGAGACGACAUCUGUAUCGUACAAAAAGCGUAUUUCUAUUGAGCGUAGUCGUCCUCGUACUGCCUCACCAUCUCGACUACCAAUAUCAAGACGUCGAUAUCGGCCUCCACCGCCUCCUCCGGAAGUGGCAGCGUAUGUUCGUCGUGACUGGACUCAAUUUGAGAAUAGUUCAUUGCCUAGAAAAUAUGCUGGAGUACCAAUUGAGGAUGAUUUGCGCAAUCAGCAUACUCGAUUUGAAGCUACAUCUCUUCCGUCUACAUAUUUUCCGUCUACUGAUAGAAAAGCGGAAGGUACCCUAAUUCGUUAUGAUCUGCCGCAUCCUUCAUCACCACCACACUAUAAUUAUCUAUCUGGAGAACGGAAUAAUUGGACAGUAGAAGGCGGGCCGAAACAACCUCGUGUUGUUGACCAAAGUGGCCAGCCACUGUUCGAUCGCCAAUUCUCAGAACAAUCCCAGCAAGCAACACUGCAAUAUCAGAAAUCUAAUCUUGAAGAAAUACCAAUUGUUUCUCGUAUACGAGAUUUGCCAAUGAUUGAAGACGGAGCUGUUGAAUAUCCAUUUUCUACCGUUAUUCCUGUUUCGAAAAUAGAAACUCAAGAUCUAACACCCGGUGAACAUUUGAGAACAACUCGUUCGGCUCCACUACGUCGUGCAAGACAACGCAUUCAUUUCUUGUUGCCUGCGGUACUUGUUAUUUUAAAUUGCGGUUAUGUAUAA